CUCCUCCAAAAAAUUCAGUUUUUUUUAGGACAUUUGGAAAUUCUCUCAGCCCUUCUGGUGGUUUUGACAAAUGGGUCACUGUACAUGGUGAUGGUCUUCUCAGAUUCAAAUCACUUCAAACUCGGACCUCUUCUAUUUAUUUCGUAUUAGGUAUCUUAACUUCUACUAUACCAUUGCCUAUUUAGAGUCAGAUAUUAUUGGUUGAUUGAAGUUUCAUAGAUUUGAAGUUUCAUAGAUAGGCGUGGUUUUUAAGAGUCAGAUUCGUAGGGAAUUAUGGAGUGCAACAAAGAUGAGGCAGCUAGAGCAAAAGAAAUUGCUGAGAGAAAAUUUACAGAGAGAAAUUAUUCUGCUGCAAAGAAGUUUGUUUUGAAGGCUCAAAAUUUGUAUCCUGGGCUUGAUGGUCUCUCACAAAUGAUGACGACUCUUGAAGUGUAUAUCUCUGCAGAGAAUAAGAUAAAUGGGGAAACGGAUUGGUACGGGAUACUUGGUGUGAACCACUUGGCUGAUGAUGAGACUAUUAGGAAACAAUAUAGAAAGCUGGCUCUUGUUCUUCAUCCUGAUAAAAACAAGUCACUUGGUGCAGAGGGCGCAUUUAAAUUGGUUUCGGAGGCCUGGAGUUUGCUAUCUGACAAGGCAAAGAGAUUGGCUUAUAAUCAGAAAAGGGACCUGAAAGGGGGUCGACAGAAAACUCCUACCCACACACAUAGUACUUCAGUGCCGCCAAGUGCAAAUGGCUUUCAAAAUUUUAAGAAUGUAGCUUCAAAUGCAAGGAACGUUCAAAGUAAGGUCCAGGUAGGGGCUUCUCAAAGAAAACCAGAUACUUUUUGGACUCUUUGCAACCGAUGCAAGACACACUAUGAGUACCUUAGAGUCUAUCUAAAUCACACUCUCCUUUGUCCUAAUUGUCAUGAAGCUUUUUUGGCCGUAGAGAGGGCUCCACCCCCAAAUGUAUUGAAGUCACCUAGUUGGUCUUCUCAGCAGCAGCAUCAAAAUUCUAGACAGUAUACAACUGGCGAUGCCUAUGGUACUGGAAGAAACUCUAAAAAACCUGAUUCUGGGCAUUCUGGGGGUAUUAAUUCAGUUGAUAAUACAAACUUUCAGUGGGGUCCUUCCUCCAGGACAGCUGGUGUUGGUAGCACUUUUUCAUCAGCUUCCGCACGAGCUGCAAAUUUGGGUCAACAGGCCAGUGAGAAAGUGAAGAGAGAUCGCGAUGAAACACAGCCAUCGACUGAAGUGGAUAGGAGUCAAUUGUCUUCAAAAAAGAAAAGAACUGAUGGAAUUAACAGCUUUGGGGUCCACGCGGCAAAUCAAAUGGCCAGUGGAGAUGGAUCAGCUGGUGUUGGCUUAUCUGAAGUAAGGAAGAGUUAUCCUGAUACUCAAAAGUUUCAUAGUUUUUAUUAUGCAUUUAACAGGACCGAUAGCCAGAGAGAGUUGUCAAUCUUUGAAAUCCGAAACAUGCUAAUGGACAAGUCUCGUGCUGAAAUACAUAAGAAACUUAAAGAAUGGAGCUCAUUGGCUGAAAAGUCAACUCUGAAUAAACAGUCCAAGAAGCAAAAGAAUGUGGUGAAUGAUGGAACUCAUGAUAUAAAAAUUAAUGGUAAACCUUCUGCAAACGGUAAAGGAUGGAAUGAGAAGGAGCCUGAGUCUGACUCUUUAGCUAGUAAAAAUACAGGCAGUGAGAACGAUCCUAUCUCAAUUAAUGUUCCAGACCCUGAUUUUCAUAAUUUUGACUUGGACCGAGCUGAAAGUUCAUUUGGGGAUGAUCAAGUCUGGGCUUGUUAUGAUGAUGAUGAUGGAAUGCCUCGUUUCUAUGCGCGAAUUCACAAGGUGAUGUCCCUAAGACCAUUCAGAAUGCGUUUCAGUUGGCUCAACUCAAGAAGCAACAUGGAGAUUGGCCCAAUGGACUGGGUAGGUUCGGGGUUCACAAAAACCUGUGGGGAUUUCAGAAUUGGAAAACAUGAAGUCACAAGAUCAUUGAACUCCUUCUCGCAUAAGGUUUGCUGGGUGAAAGGUUUACGAGGGGUGAUUCAGAUAUUUCCUCAGAAGGGUGAAGUCUGGGCUCUUUAUAGAAACUGGUCUGCAGAUUGGAAUAAAGAUACUUCAGAAGAAAUGAUUCACAAGUACGAUAUGGUAGAAGUGCUUGAUGAUUUUAAUGAAAAAGAAGGCGUGUCUGUUGCUCCUCUUGUUAAGGUUGGUGGUUUCAGGACAGUGUUCUGUAGAAACAUGGAUCCAAAAGAAGUGAGGAAGAUCCCUAAAGAAGAGAUGUUUCGCUUCUCCCAUCAGGUCCCCAAUUACUUACUUACGGGAGACGAAGCUCAAAAUGCUCCGAAGGGUUGUCGGGAAUUGGAUCCAGCAGCAACACCUUUGGAGCUCCUGCAGAUUGAUACAGAAUCAUUUCAGGUAACCACGAAGGAGACUGAGGUAAAAACUGUAGGAGAGAUAUCUCAUAUUAAUCAGGAAACUGUAGUUAAUGAGGUGGAAGACACAUUGGAAGCUAGGAAGGUAGAUGUAGUAACCCAGGAAGAUGAACAAACUAAGAUGUCUGGUGAUGUUACCUUCCAGGGUAGCUAAGGAAGCUUAUAUGGCAGAUAAUGCCAACAAAAGUAAAUCAACUAAACAACGUGGAGUUUGCUCGAGGUAUACCCAAUAGGUGCAUUUUUUGAAUUCUGUCUGACCAAAGUUGUAGAGAAUUCUUGCUUUUGUUUGGAUUGGAUCCAUUGUUGCUCCAAUUGUUUAUUGGUUUUGUGGCUUUGUACUUGACACAGUGGAAUCUCUCAAGUCUUAUCGAGAAAUUCAUCGAUAAUGACCGCCAUACUUGAGACAAAAAUGAGAUCCAACUUAUCUCUACUUACCUGAAAUUUUUGAGGGUCUAGUUAUAUGUGGCUCCUUAGCACAUAAUUGACUCAAACCCAGUUCUUAAUUCCUUCAUUGAAGGCCCGCGUUUAUACUUUUGGUUCAUAUUCCCUUCUCUUGUAAGGAUCCUUUAAAAUAUGUUUGUUUUCUCUUCCUUAUUGAAGUAUCUUUUAGACAGCAUA